CCUUGCCCUGUUGACCUGGCCACUGAAUUUCCCACUCUGUCGAAUUUCCCAUUUCCUCCUAUAAAGCUGCAUCUCCUCAGCCCUAAUUCAGCAUCUCCAUGCUCCUCCUCCAUUCUGUUUUGUCUCAUGCUCUGUUUGCCCUCAUUUUCUAAUUUGCCCGGAGAUGGGUGGGUGGCAGGUGUUAUGCGUGUGAAGAUGGUGGGUGGAAAGAUUGGCCCCUUGUGACUGUUGCCCUUGGAAUCCUUGAAAUCAUUCAGGAGCACCUCCCUAGGAUGUUUGACUUUCUCAAGUGCAGCCUGACAGCAGACUCUAGAAGGGGCGGUGAGACUCGUGGAGCUGUCCCUGGGUCUGAGCUGGAAGAGAUCAAUAAGAAUGGGAGCAAGAAGCUGGAUGCAAUGACCCUCAUUAAAGAAGACAUGUCUAUCUUUGGUCAUUGCCCAGCUCAUGAUGAGUUCUACUUGGUGGUGUGUAACCAUUGUGGCCAAGUGGUCAAACCUCAAGCCUUUCAGAAGCAUUGCGAGAGACGACAUGGACCUCUCGGCAAACUCUGUGCCCGUGUGCAGACCUCUUCAAACUUACAGAAGUGCCAUGCAAUCAAUGGGCGGUCCCUUGCCAGUGGGGGUCAUGGAUCCACCAAGUCCUGGCGGGAGAAAUCCCAAAGCUCCUUCAGUCAAGGCCAGCACCCACCUGAGAGGCCAGACAAAAUGCCGAAGGACAACCCCUGCUUGUUUGUGCCUGUUGUGAACCUAGAGAAGAUCUCCAGCCUUUCAAAGCCAGACGGAAUCAAGGCCCUUCCAAAGCCUUCUGACUCCAGACAGUCUUCUGCCAGCACAAAAGAGAUCCUGGGCAAGCCAUCCUUAGUGGCAUCACCAAAAGAACCCCUAGUGCCCGCGAAGGCAGGUGGCAGCUCCAUCAUGCCUGCUGAUAGCUUGGGCCGGAAAUUGGAGAGCACGCCAACCUUUGGAGAGAAGGAGCCUGGUGCUGUGAAAUCUCUGAAGAAGAUGCCACGGAAAGAAUGUGACUUAAACAGGCAGUGUGGGGUGCUAAACCCUGAAACCAAGAAGAUUUGCACUCGGUUACUGACCUGCAAGAUCCAUUCUGUACAUCAGCGGCGUGAAGUGCAGGGGCGUGCAAAGGACUUUGAUGUCUUGGUGGCUGAACUGAAGGCCAAUGCCAGGAAAGGAGAGUCCUCCAAAGAUAAGAGCCCCGUGAGAAAGGAAGCAGCCUCUGAACGACUCUCGCAGGACUCUUCUUCGCUCUCGCAGACGUCGCUGGUGCUGCCUCAUACUUCUCCUUGCCGAAUAAAGCAGCCCUACUCCCACUGUGCACUUUCCAGGUCAAGGGUUUCCUCAGAGAGUGACCCUGAUGACCCACCUCCCACCUCUAGUGAAGUCGACCAUGGGCUCUACCCUUUCCCAGCGCCCAAAGGCACUGGCCGAAUUUCAAGUGAAGAGAGUGAGGAUGAUGCACUGGAGGAUUCCCACAAGCUCGACUGCCAUUAUGCAACCCGCUCACCGCGCCCCCAGGCAUUCUGCACCUUUGGAAGCAGGUUGGUGAGCCCCGGCUGUUACGUGUUCAGCCGGCGGCUAGAUCGGUUCUGUUCAGCACUCAGUUCCAUGCUGGAGAGGCAUCUCAGCUCACACAUGUGGAAUAGGUGGCACUGGACUACAGGGUUUGAUGAUGCAUGCUUUAUGAACAGGAAAGCACAUCUGAGCAAAGGGAGGGGAGAAACACCAGGGUCUGAGGGCCAAGCUAAGCAAGAUGUGGGACUUGUGUGGUUGAAACACCUGAUGUCUUUCUCUUUUUUUAAAGCAACCAGGAGAAGGAUCCCUCCAGCUGCAGAUCACCAGAUGCUCUCCAUGCCAUCGUCUGUGCUCCUGGGCUUCUCCACACCCAGCACUUCCCAAAGCUGCAAUUCCUCGCUGGUGUGCAGCCUCCCUCACAGCAUCCCUGGCAGGGCCUCUGUGUCUUGCGCAGCUUCAGCUACGAUGGCAUCCAGGGACAGCCGCAGUCACCACAGUAUGAACUAUGCAGUGGGCUCGCCCCAUGCUGCAGCUGCCUGCAGCCAGCCAGACUGCAUGGGCGGGAACCAGUCCAUCACCUCCCCGCUCCCAGCAAACACGCCAUCGCCAUCCUUCAGCAAGUUGCCUUUGACCAAGGCCAGCAAGUCCUCCAAAGCCAGGGAGUUGGCUGGCAGCAUGGAGCCAGAAGCCUUGGCCCAGAAGCGCAAGCAGUCCAGUGCCCCUGCCAGCCCACCAUACAAACAGACCUGUUUCCUGGAUCUGGGCAAGAGCAAGGCAGCUGGCUGCCAGAUCUCCCACCCUUCAGCAAAGGCCAAGCCAUCCGUGAUCUCUCCCUCCACUCUCGCCCUCAAUGGAGCAGCAUCGGGAGGUGCCAGAAUCAAGAGGGUCGGCCAUUUGGACUGCAGAUCUCCCAGCCAUGUGCCAGUCAGAGCUUCACAGCUGGAGAACCGGGGCUCCUCGCUGAAUGGGCCAAAAGCAUUGCAGGCCAACUGCAUUUCUGAUGAGGAGGCCAAGAGACGCAAGAAUACAGCCACCUACUGUAGGCCAGUGAAAGCCAAGCACUCCCCCGCUCCCUUGCCUUCUCCUUCCUCUUCUGACUUGGGUGGCUCUGUCAGAAGGAAGAAGCCAGUGGUCUCCUUGGGCUUUGAGGAGAAGCAGAACACAAUGAAGUCGAAAGCGCAUUAACAGCAAGUGCCUGCGUUCUGCAGAAGGAGCUGACAGCCUGAGGACUUGGAGCCCGUGGAUCCAGUUCAAAGCCUCCUGCUUUUUAUAACUUUAUAGUAUUUUUUUAAAGAAAAAAAAUCCUCUAAAAUACCUCAAGACUCCUACUGUUCUUUUCCUGCUUUGGAAGGAGGGUGAGUGGGUGGGAAGAAAUGCAACACAAGGAAAAGAAAAAAGAUACAAAACACAAGCAAUCAACACUUGAGAGUUUGAAUGCAGAUGGAACGGGCAGAGGCAGUGGCCCCAUAGUGAAACUGAGAUACGUAUUUUCUGUUUUAAUUUAUUAUUUUAAAAAAAACAGCAGAGGGAGGGGGACCCAAAAUGGAAAGCCACUGCAAGGCUGUGCUAGCAUCUGUGUGUCUUCCUGGGGAUGCUAUUGGGUAUUGGCCAAGUUCUGCAAAUAAUUCCUGGGGGAUGGUUGCUUGUUCUCUGCUCCACUCACUUGUGCUGUUUUUCCUCUGCCACUCUCCCACCAGUAUAGCUCUGCACAGUGAUUCUUGCCUUUUGCCUGUUUAAAGAAAAAAAGCAUCUCACUACUAAGGCUAAAAAAGAUUGAAACCAGAGCUGCAAGUACACCCUCCCUAGCACUGGGCUGUGUAAAAUACAUAAUUGUUGUGGAGACUGAAACAGCCACUUUGGUUCGCUCUCUCUCUCCUAGCCUUAAACAAGCCUGUUGUCUUUGGGGGCAAGAACAGAAAGAGAGCAUUCUGCAGGUAGCCUCCAUAUAUUGCCCUGGGUCUAAACACAGUGCAGCGUUAUGGUGGCUGUUUGUGUGUGACUUUGCUUGUGGUCUAGUCUUAAAAGCCUAUCAAAGAGAGAUGGCAAGAGAGGCAUGCCAUGCACCAAGUGCAGCCGCCAAGCACUUUUAAAAACCAGUUUAGUACUUUUGAGCCUGCAUGUAUGGCUCUCCAUAGAAAGAACUGGGUGUUUAAGAGCUGCCGGUUGUCAGGAUACCCACCUGCGCACACAUGACUGUACUGGUAUCCCCCAAGAUGUAUGAUUGCAUUGAAUUGUCUUCUUGUUGGCAGGGCAUUGUAGUCAUUGCCAGUGGACAAGGUGGCAAAAACUUAAUAGCUUCUUUCAGCCCUACCUUUCAGAAGGAUUUAGGCAGACAAUUGAUUGCAAGGGUGGUAGAGGUCAACAGUAGGAUCUUGUGCAUCCUACCAUUGCAAAAUAUGCCUUUCUCUCCAUUCCUAUGGUUGCCAUUUCUAUGGCAACUAUUCUUGUUCCUGUUCUUCCCUGCUCAGCAGUUUCACAAUUCUUGCAAAGACAAAAUUUAUUUUAAAAAUGGAGGUAUCUGGAAGACAUACAUACUAGCUACAAAGCACUCUGAUAGGUUGAUUUCCUUCAGAAUUGCAAAGAAGCCCAAAUGUACACCUGUUUACUUGCCUUUGUUUGAGUCGUUUGGUAGCAUGUGCUCUGUUAACACCGUCCUUGGAAUGUAUCAGUCCAAGGGCUUUCCCACUGUUAAAACAACUGUAAACUUUAAAACAAAACUGGAAGUAUAGCACAGUAGUGGUGGGGGCAGCGGGGGUUGUUUGUGACAUGCAGUUUCAUGCAUGGAUGCUAGUGCUAGUGCUGAGAAUUCUCCAACCUGCUCUCUGGAUGAUGUGGGGCUAUUUGGGGCUGGGCAGAAGGGCUGUGACCUUGCAUGCUGCAGGAGGCAUCUUGGCUUUCAGAGAUGAACAGAACUUUGAUAUAGGACUGGAAAUAAGAGUGAUGCUUUUGUUUCAGUCAGAUGUCCCUGUGCUGUUAUUAAGAGCUGGCUGUUUCUUUUAGACCGCUGCCCACUUACUGGUAGAAGGCGGCUUUUCUUUUCCUCUAUGCUAGUAGUUCUUUAUACUUAGUGCAAAUAUCCCCAUCGCAAAAGAAAGCUUAAGGGACUUUCUUUUUUAAAAUUUAUUUGCAUUCUCUCCUUCCAGGGGUUGUUAGGCUAAGAGACCAUCAUGACUUGCCCAAACCCACCCAUGAGGCUUCUGUGCCAAGUGAGAAUAUGAACCUAGAC